AAGUGAGCAUUGAGUUUAUUUUCAAUGGAGCAUUCUAUUCAAAUUGCGAAAGUAAGAACUUCCAACUCCGAUAGUGAGAUGGCUGACAAUCAAGUGAUCAAAUUAAACUCUUGCCUAGGCAAACAGUCGCCUUAUGUACAAAUUGUAGUAGGAGCCGGCAGUGGCUUCGUUGCUGGCUAUGUCUUUUUUAAAGUUUUCAAAGUUGCAUCUAUUAUAACUGGAACCACUAUCCUAGCGGUUGAACUAUGUAUUCAAACUGGCAUCAUCACUAUAAAUUGGAGAAGUUCAGUCUACCUUAGAAGUCUACAGGAAGAAGAGCAGUCCCAACUACCUGAGAGACCACGAAUUCCAGAUCGAACUCCGCAACCAGAGCAACGAUUUUUAACUCCAUUUUCGAAUAUUAGAAAGGCAAUAAUGAACAGUGCUCGCUUGAGUUUUGCUUUUCUUGGUGGAUUCUUUAUCGGCAUGGGAGUCUCCUAAAACAUAUUAUAUAAUUAAACAUAUGUACACACAUCAAACAAAAAUUGAAAAAGAAAAAAAAAAAAUAAAUCCUUCGGAAAUGUAAUAGAAAUGUA